AUGGCGCUUAGCGGGCGGCGGAGGCGGCGGCGCUGCCGGGCGCUGGCGCUGGCCUCGCUGCUCUCGCUCUCGGGCACCUGCGUGUGCUACAGCCUGCUGCUGCUGCUCUUCUGCUGCGCCCCCCCGGGCCCGCCGCCCCCUCCGCCGCCCCCGGACGCCGAGGCCGAGGCCACACGCUGCCUGCCCGCCCCGCCCGCCGCCGCCCGCAAGAAACUUCUGCAGAAGGCGCGCGCCUGCCCGGCCCCCGCCGCCGCCCCCCCGCCCGCCCUGCCCCCCACCAAGCACCUCCCGCACGCCAUCAUCGUGGGCGUCAAGAAGGGCGGCACCCGCGCCGUCCUCGAGUUCAUCCGCGGCCACCCCGCCGUCCGCGCCCUUGGCACCGAGCCGCAUUUCUUCGACCGCCACUACCUGCGCGGCCUCGACUGGUACAGGCGGCUGAUGCCUCGCACGGUGGAGGGCCAGAUCACCAUGGAAAAGACCCCCAGCUACUUCGUCACCCGGGAAGCCCCCCAGCGCAUCUUCAACAUGUCACGGGACACCAAGCUGAUCGUGGUGGUGCGCAACCCGGUGACGCGGGCCAUCUCGGACUACACGCAGACCCUCUCCAAGAAGCCGGACCUGCCCUCCUUUGAGGGGCUCUCCUUCCGCAAUCGCAGCCUGGGCCUGGUGGACGCCUCCUGGAGCGCCAUUCGCAUCGGCCUCUACGUGGUGCACCUGCAGGGCUGGCUGCGCUUCUUCCCCCUCUCCCAGAUGCACUUCGUGAGCGGCGAGCGGCUCAUCACCGACCCCGCGGGGGAGAUGGGCAAGAUCCAGGACUUCCUGGGCAUCAAGCGGCUGAUCACGGAGAAGCACUUCUACUUCAACAAGACCAAGGGCUUCCCCUGCCUCCAGAGGGGUGCCCAGGGCAGCCUGCCCCGCUGCCUGGGCAAGUCCAAAGGCAGGACUCACGUCCAGAUCGACCCAGAGGUCAUCGAACAGCUGCAGGACUUCUAUCGCCCCUACAACGUCCAGUUCUACGAGACGGUCGGGCAGGACUUCCGGUGGGACUAGAG